AUGUUAGGAAAUAUUUUACUGUGUUUUUUGUUAAUAUUAUUAAUUAGGAUAUUUUGGAGUGUAUUGUUUAAAAACAGAGAUAAAAUUUUUAAAAAAACAGCACGAGUUCUUGUUGUAAUGGGAUCUGGAGGACAUACUCUUGAGAUGUUAAAAUUAAUUAAAAAUUUAAAUCAAAAUUUAUAUCAACCGCGCCUAUAUGUUAUAGCAGAAGCUGAUAACUUCAGUAAAUACAAAAUUGAAGAAUUUGAAAAAAUGUCAAAAACUAUUUCAAAUGAUAACUUUAUUAUUUUAGAAAUUCCUAGAAGUCGAAAAGUAAAUCAAUCUUAUUUCACUUCUGUUAUUACUACAUUAUAUUCAACAUUGAAAAGUGUACCAAUUGUUUUCAAUUUUAAGCCAGAUCUUAUUCUUUGUAAUGGUCCUGGAACUUGUGUUCCCAUCUGUGGUGUAGGAUUUCUUUUAAACACAUUAUUUUUGCUAAAAACUAAAAUAAUUUUCAUCGAAAGCAUUUGUCGUACAAAAACUCUAUCAUUGUCAGGGAAAAUUUUAUUGUACUUAGCAAAUGUUGUGAUAGUUCAAUGGUUAGAAUUAUAUAAGAAAUACCCUAAAACUCUUUUUUUAGGAAGACUUGUAUAA